GGUGAGGAAGGCCCUCCCAGUUUGGAAUACAUCCAGGCCAAGGACUUGUUCCCCCCGAAGGAGCUCGUAAAGGAGGAGGAAUCACUGCAGGUGCCAUUCACUGUGUUGCAGGGUGAGGGAGUGGAGUACCUGGGCCAUGCGAACGACGCUGUGAUUGCCAUCUCUAACUAUCGCCUGCACAUCAAUUUCAAGGACUCUGUGAUCAAUGUGCCUUUGAGGAUGAUGGAAAGCGUGGAGUGUCGGGAUAUGUUCCAGCUUCACAUUGUCUGCAAGGACUCCAAAGUGAUCAGGUGCCAUUUCUCCACCUUCAAGCAGUGCCAGGAGUGGCUGAAGAGGCUCACCAGAGCCAUCGCACGCCCUGCCAAGCCUGAGGACCUCUUUGCUUUUGCCUACCAUGCCUGGUGCUUAGGAGUCUGUGUGGAUGAGGAGGACCAGCAUGCACAUCUCUGCCGUCCAGGAGACCACGUGAGGUACCGCUUUGAGAUGGAGCUGGUGAGGAUGGGCUUUGACUUACAGAACGUCUGGCGUGUCUCUGACAUCAACAACAAUUACAAGCUUUGUUCCAGUUAUCCCCAGAAACUGCUGGUCCCUGUAUGGAUCACUGAUAAAGAGCUGGAGAACGUGGCUUCUUUUAGGUCAUGGAAAAGGAUCCCUGUUGUGGUGUACAGACACGUGCGGAACGGGGCGGUGAUCGCGCGCUGCAGCCAGCCCGAGAUCAGCUGGUGGGGCUGGCGGAACGCCGACGACGAGUACCUGGUGACAUCCAUUGCCAAAGCCUGUGCCUUGAACCCCGGGGCCAAGGCCUCCGGCGCCGCGCUGCACGCCGGGAGCAGCGACGGCAGCGAGGCCUGCGACGCCGACUUCGACUCAUCCCUGACGGCUUGUUCGGGCGUGGAGAAUGCAGGAACUCCUCAGAAGCUGCUGAUCCUUGAUGCCAGGUCCUACACCGCGGCCGUGGCCAACAGAGCCAAGGGAGGUGGCUGCGAAUGUGAAGAGUAUUACCCAAACUGUGAAGUUGUGUUCAUGGGCAUGGCCAACAUCCACUCCAUCCGCAACAGCUUCCAGUAUCUCCGUGCUGUCUGCAGCCAGGUGCCAGACCCCAGCAACUGGCUUUCAGCCCUGGAGAGCACCAAGUGGCUGCAGCACCUGUCUGUCAUGCUGAAGGCAGCAGUGCUGGUCUCCAGUGCCGUGGACAGAGAAGGACGACCAGUGCUGGUUCACUGCUCAGAUGGCUGGGACAGGACUCCACAGAUUGUGGCACUGGCAAAGAUUCUCCUGGACCCUUACUACAGGACCAUGGAGGGUUUCCAGGUGCUGGUUGAAUCAGACUGGUUGGAUUUUGGUCACAAGUUUGGGGAUCGCUGUGGUCACCAGGAGAAGGUGGAAGACCAGAACGAGCAGUGCCCAGUUUUCCUGCAGUGGCUGGAUGCUGUUCAUCAGCUUCUGAAGCAAUUUCCUUGCCUCUUUGAAUUUAAUGAAGCUUUUUUGGUGAAGCUGGUGCAGCACACAUACUCCUGCCUCUACGGGACCUUCCUGGGGAACAGCCCCUGCGAGCGGGAGAUGCACAACAUCUCCAAGCGCACCUGCUCCGUGUGGUCCCUCCUGCGUGCUGGCAACAAGAACUUCCACAACCUGCUCUAUGUGCCAGGAUCUGAGCAGGUGCUGCAUCCCGUGUGCCACGUGCGUGCGCUGCACGUCUGGACAGCUGUGUAUCUCCCAGCUUCCUCACCUCAUCCUCUGGGACAGGAUGACAUGGACAUCUACAUGCCCCCUGGAUCACAGAGCCAGGAGUUCAGUGGCAGGUGUUUGGACAGAUUACCAAAGACAAGAUCUAUGGAUGACCUGCUCUCAGCCUGUGACUCCAGCAGCCCUCUGACCCGCACAUCCAGUGAUCCCAACCUGAACAACCACUGUCAGGAGGUCAGGGUGGGCCUGGAAGCUCGACACCCUACUCCUGAGGGAGCUGAAGGUGCCCCAGUGGCUGCAGGAGGAGAGCAAUGGCAGGUGGAGGAAGAGAAGGAGAAGGAGGAGAACCCUCCCCUGCAAGACAGCACUGCUCACAGCAGCUGUGCUGAGCAGGAGGGGCAGAGCAAGCAGCAGGGCAGCCAAGCUGCUGUGCCAGCCAGCACUGGCUCUGGGGAGGUGGAAAAGGGAAAUGGAACACACACUGAGGAACUGGAUGGCACAGGGUCAGCUCCAGAUCCUUCCAGACAGGAAAAUGUUGACAAGGUUUCCACCAGUCCUGGAAAGCAGAUAGAAACCUGUCCCCAGGAGCCUUUGAAGGCUACUGGCAUGGUGUUCAAUGGAGGAGGCUGCCCCAGGAGAAUCAUCACCCGCCAAGACAUUCCCAGCCCGGAGCUCCUGGUACCACCAAACACCCCUUGUCCAGUUACCCCAGAAACAGACAGGGGCAGAGGUGAUGGAUGUCGGAGCACACUCUGUGAGGAGCUCACCCGGCCGGGGAGAAUCCCCCUGGAGCAAUGGCGCAAACCCAUUUCCCAGAGCCAGAGCAGCGAGUUCUCCUUCCUGGGCUCCAACUGGGACAGCUUUCAAGGCAUGGUGGCAUCCCUCCCCAACGGGGAACCUGCCCCCAGACACCUCCUGCCCUAUGGCUGCUGUGGCAAGAGGUUGAGCAGCAAACCCCUGCGUGCCCCAGGCCUGUGCCUCAGCAGCCAGUGGUCAGCCAGGGAGGGUGGGAAGCCCUUGGGCUGCCCUGGCCACUUCCCAGGCUCUGCAGGGAAGUUCACACGUCCCUGGCUGCCCUGCCACCUGAAACAAGCCUCUGGGCCCAAACACAUGCCACCAAGAUGUCCUUCUCCUGUGCCUCCGGUGUACGUGAACGAUGAUGAUGGGCUGCCCUUCCCCACGGACGUGAUCCAGCACCGGCUGCGGCAGAUCGAGGCCAGCUACAAGCAGGAGGUGGAGCAGCUGCGCAGGCAAGUGAGGGAACUGCAGCUGCGCCUCGACAUCCGCCACUUCUGUGCCCCUCCAGCCGAGCCCCCCAUGGACUACGAGGAUGACUUUGUAAGUACCACCAUCUCACACCACAGCCCUGGCAGUGUGGGGGGCCCUGUGCCACACACACCACUGGAGGUGACUGGGGUCACCCGGGACUAUACUGAGGGUGACUGGGAUCAUGCUAGAAGGGACUGA